UUUGCCUCGCGUCUCCUCCUCUUCUCUUCCUCCGCUCUCUCUCGUUUCCCACCGACUUAGGGUUCCGGAUCUAGGGUUUAUUCGCCUUUGUCCUUCUCGUUCCGAGACCCUCGAGCGCCCCUUGUUCCUCGACGGAUCCCCUUCGUCCCGCCGGGACCCUCUCGGAAUGAUCCGCCGAAAGUAGCAAUCUAGAGCAAUAUCAUCGUGGCAGAGAAAGAAUAGACAAGCACAGUUGUGGACAUGUGAUUCUUGACUGGAAUUUGAAAUAGUGUUGCUGGCUGGAUACUGUUGCAGAAUAGCAAAAUGAUGGUGCCUUCUAUAUAUAAACGAGGUGGAACAUCUUGAAAAUUCUAUUUUUAAUGUUUAAAUACUUUUUCUUCUCACAAUAUGAGGCGCAUUUGAAAAUUUUAGAUGAAGACGACGCAUUUGGUCUUGCAAUAUUGCAAUUAGCUUCUCCUUUUGUCUGCACUACAACUGAGUUUAUAUUUGUAGCAUCAGAAGGGAAGAAAGAAUGACAAGAAUAAUGCUUCUAGUAAUCAUGUAAAUCCCAGUUUUUGAUACAUUAACUCGUGCCUUCUGAUAUCGCGUCUUGACAAAUUGAGAGGUCUCGAGUUUAACUAGAUGGGUUUUAUUUAUUUUGGUACAAAGACUGUUUGAGUUCUCGCGCAUGACAGUCUCCUUCUGUGGUUAGGGUUGGUUCUCAUUAUUCUCAUUUGGUGCGAUUCUCCUCCGAGGUAUGGAUUCAUCAGCUACAUUACUCUGCUGCAUUGGGUUUUAAGUUAACUCCGCAAACUUUCUUCUACAGGCUCCUUUUGCAAUUGUUUUGGGUUCAGUCAGAGAAAAAUUGUGCUGAUGACAUAGUGAUAUGUGAAAUCAAAACAAUAUCUGCUUUCUACAUUUAAAGCUGAGAAGCAGAAUAUUUUAUUGAUUAUAGAGAUCUUUCUGCUCAUAAUUUAUGCACAUUCGUAAUUAUGCCAAUCAAGAUGAGCAAUUAACAGUUUGAGUAGCGAGGGUGUGACGUAGGCUCUGUAUUCAGCUUCAUGAUACCACAAUGGUUAAGAUAUUAAGUACAAGAGUAGAUAUAAAUGCCUAGUUGACUUGUCAAAUUCGGUGACAAAUAGCUUUUCGAUAUCAAAUCAUGGAUGUGUUUUCUAUCAAGGAGCUUGUAUGUAUUUAUAAAUGGUUAGAACUAUUAUGUGGUUUUAUACGAGAUGGUAUUCCCUGUGUUUCGUUGUUGUUCUGUACUGACCCUGUCAGAAAUUGUUUCCUGUCAGCCAUCAGAACAGUAUGAUGAGGAUUGUGAUACACUGACUGUUUGGCUAAAGCAAGGUUCAGAUCUUUCAGCAUUUGUGCAUUGUGCUUCAGAGGACCAUAUGAAGGCAUUAUUUGACCUGCUGGAGAUUUUGAAGGAUCUUGAAGUUGUUGUGGUUAAAGGAACUGUAGAGUGUGAGGCUUCUAUUUUACUAAGAUCAGUGUUUAUUACAAGAUUGCCAUGCAAAGUUGAGUAUCUUGGUGAGCUCAUUAAGAACAAGAUGGCCUCCACUGAUGUAGUACAGAAGUAUCCAAAAGUAUCUGGUGAGCAAAUGGGAACUGCAGAGGAUAUUGGAAACAAGAAGCUCUAUGCCGAUUCUGCAACAUCUUUGCGUUUUGUCUACAAUGGACCAAGGACAAGCGUGAUGCUCAUAGAGACGGCCCAUAAUCCGGCGGUGCCUUGUGAAAUAAUCAAGGUUCUUUCAGAGCUAAACUGCUACGUGGAGUCAGCCGUGAUCGAGACUGAAGAACGUAUCCAUGUAUUUCAAUUAAAGAAUUUUCUCAUGUCGAAACUAACUCACAUGUUAAUUUCUAACAGGGCCAAGUUGCUAAAGCCAAAUUCCACCUUAGCUUCGGGUUGGCAGCAUUGAGCAAAUUCUGGUGUCAGGUAAGUCCAUAUUAUCGUUACCAUCACUGAUCAAUAGUGACUGCUGAGGUCUAUAACCGAUUUGGAGAUAUUAUUUCAUGAGACCACAUUUACAUUUGCACAGUUCACGUUUUGAAAGAUUACCUAGUGGUAGAUAAGUAUACAAAAAAAAAGAAGAAAAAACAAGAAAUAUCCAUAUUUGGUAUCAUCAUCAUUAUGGAUCUGAAAAUUGAUAUGGAAGGAACUACAACUGUAAAUAUCACAUAGAUGUUGAAUUGAGUAAUUGAAUCAACAUGGUGUCACUUGCUUGUCUAAAAUUGUUCAGAUAACAUGGCUCUCCGUGUUGUUUCGUGUAUUGUAGAAGCUGAAAAGCAGUCUGCUAACACGCCUGCGGAUGCUUAAGUAGAAGAUAUUUCUUGGCAUUAGAAGCCCCCAUUAAGUAGUUACCUUUUUCCCUUCUUUGACAGUGACAAUUGUUAAUGGGAUAGAUAUACUUGCCCAACUACAUUUUGUAUAUCAGUGAAUAUGUUGUUGCCUCUUACUGGGGCCUAAAA